AUGCGAUUCCCAUCGUUUGUCGUUGCGGCUCUUAUGCCACUCGGCAUCAUCGCCGAUGGCAGACCGGGUAACUUGACGCCGCAGGAGCUCCAUCUUGAUGAGCUCCUGGCAAAACAUAACCUGGCAUUGGUCCCACGAUCCGACCUCACCGAAGCACUCGCAGAGCUCAACACGUUGCUCAAGAAAAACCAGGCCCUGCAAGCCAGAGGCGCCUUGUUCCCCCUACUCAACCUCACUCAGCCGUCCGGCGGCUCGGGAUCUGGAUCGGGCGGUUCUGGUUCUGGCUCCGGUGGCUCUGGGUCCGGCAGCGGUUUACCCUUGGGUCUCGGCGGGCUCGGCGAUCUCGGCGGCUUACUUGAUCUCGUCCCCAUUGCCAAAGAUAUCGCUGGUUACCUCAAGGCCAUCGAGGGUCUCCUGAGCGAGGAAUUUCUGCAAGCCGUGCACGAUGCAAUGGUGUACCUGGCCGCCACCCUCAAGCCCCCUGUUCCUUCGCAAGUCCACCAGCUUCUCGAAAGCGCCCUGCCCCUCGUUCAGCUGCUAGGCAAGCUCAAGCUGGAGAAGCUGGUCGAUGAGAUUGGCGAAAUCGACCUCAGCAGCUUGGUCAAAUCCGUUCUCGGCCUCUUGACUCAGAAGAACAUUGACAACAUUGGCAACCUGCUGACCAACGGAGCCGCCUUGCUCACGCCCAGCUUUGUCAACGAAACGCAGUCUCUCAUCGGCGAGGUGUCACCCUUGAUUGAUCUUGUCAAGGGCAUUGAUCUCAAGGGUCUUUUGGACCAGCUGCAGCCGCUCUUGACGCCCCAGUCCGUCCACAACAUCGUGUCUCUUCUCACAAAUGCUGGUACAAUUCUCAACAACCAGACCACCACCGACAUCACCGAGCUUCUCCAUUUCGCCCACAACUUCAUCCCGUAUCUUUCCGCCCUCAACCCGGAUGACAUCGCCGUCGCCAUCGCUCCGCUGCUCGCAAACUUGCCCUCCAUUGUCAACGGUGCCGUGACGCUGCUGAGCAACAACACCGUCUCGGAGAUUCAAACCAUCCUCAAGGGAGCCAGCCCCCUGAUUGAAAGCCUGUCCAAGGCCGAUCUCGCCAAGUUGCUUGACCAGCUCGGGCCUAUCCUCAAGCAACUGGGCGACAUUGACAUUGCCGGCCUGCUCAAGUCGGUGCAGCCACUAUUGACAGAAGAUAGCAUCAAAGGCAUCGUCGGCCUCCUGGGCAACGCAGAGUCCCUUCUCACCAAGGACUUUGUCACUGACACGCAAUCACUUGUUGCCGGUGCUGGGCCGCUGCUCGGUGUGCUCAAGGACGUCGACAUCAAGGGGCUCGUCAGCCAAAUCGAACCCAUCCUCAAGGAAGUCGCGAAGCUUGACCUCGUCGGCCUCUUUGAAGCCCUCAAACCCCUCUUAUCAAGCGAUAGCAUCAAGGGGAUUGUUGGUCUGCUUGGCAACGCUGAAUCACUGCUGACAUCCCAGUUUGUCAACGAGACUCAGUCGUUAAUCUCUAGUGCUGGUCCCCUGGUGGGCAGCCUUGGCAAGCUAAACCUUCAGAAACUGCUCGAUCAGCUGGGUCCCAUUAUCGACGAAUUGGGCAAGAUUGAUCUUGCAGGCCUUCUCAAGGCCUUGGAGCCACUCCUGAGCGAGCAAAGUAUACAGGGUAUAGUCGGCCUCUUAGGCAACGCCGAGCUGCUCCUUAGCAAGACAUUUGUCGAACAGACGCAAUCCCUCAUUGGGAAGGCCGGUCCCCUGAUAGAUGCUCUCGCCCAACUUGAUCUUCAAGACUUGCUGAAGCAACUAGCUCCUCUGCUUAGCGCACUGGGCAAGAUUGAUCUCCCCGGCCUUGUUGACGCCAUCAAGCCGUUGCUUACCAAAGAAAGCGUCGAGGGCAUUGUCGGAUUGCUAGGUAAUGCGGAGCUGCUUCUUAGCAAGUCCUUUGUCGAACAGACGCAGUCCCUCAUUGGAAAGGCCGGUCCCCUGAUAGAUGCUCUCGCCCAACUUGAUCUUCAAGACUUGCUGAAACAACUAGCUCCUCUUCUAAGCGCACUGGGCAAGAUUGAUCUCCCCGGCCUUGUUGACGCCAUCAAGCCGUUGCUUACCAAAGAAAGCGUCGAGGGCAUUGUCGGAUUGCUAGGUAAUGCGGAGCUGCUUCUUAGCAAGUCCUUUGUCGAACAGACGCAGUCCCUCAUUGGAAAGGCCGGUCCCCUGAUAGAUGCUCUCGCCCAACUUGAUCUUCAAGACUUGCUGAAACAACUAGCUCCUCUUCUAAGCGCACUGGGCAAGAUUGAUCUCCCCGGCCUUGUCGACGCCAUCAAGCCGUUGCUUACUAAGGAAAGCGUUGAGGGCAUUGUAGGAUUGCUAGGAAACGCCGAGAAGCUCCUCUCUGGCGAGUUUGUCGACGACACCCAGACGCUGAUUAAAGGUGCUACGCCAUUGAUUGCCGAACUGAGCAAGCUUAACCUUCAGGAUUUGAUCAAACAGCUUGAGCCCCUUCUUAGCACGCUUAGCAAGAUCGAUCUUGCUGGUCUGCUCAAGGCUCUGCAGCCGUUAUUGACAGAAGACAGCAUCAAGGGCAUUGUCGGGUUGCUAGGUAACGCCGAGAAGCUCCUCUCUGGCGAGUUUGUCGACGAAACCCAGACGCUGAUCAAAGGUGCUACGCCAUUGAUUGCCGAGCUGAGCAAGCUUAACCUUCAGGAUUUGAUCAAACAGCUUGAGCCCCUUCUUAGCACGCUUAGCAAGAUCGAUCUUGCCGGUCUGCUCAAGGCUCUGCAGCCAUUGUUAACGGAAGACAGCAUCAAGGGAAUCGUUGGCCUGCUAGGCAACGCGGAGAACCUCCUUACUGGCGAGUUCGUCGAUGAGACCAAGUCGCUCAUUAAGGGCGCUGGCCCAUUGAUCGGCGAGCUCGGCAAGCUCGACCUGGACAAUCUGAUCAAGCAGCUCGGACCACUUCUCAGCGCUCUAGGCAAGAUUGACCUUGCCGGCUUGCUCGAAGCCGUGAAGCCCCUCCUUACCAAGGAAAGCGUGGAAGGCAUUGUCGGGUUGCUGGGCAACGCCGAAGCUCUCUUGACUGGCAAGUUUGUCAACGAAACCCACACAUUGAUUGACGGCGCGGUUCCCUUGAUUGGCGCCCUUGGCACCCUCGAUCUCCCCGGUCUCAUCUCCAAGGUCAAGCCGCUGCUCGACGCCCUCGGCCAAGUCGAUCUCAAGGGCAUCUUUGACGCUCUCGCGCCACUCCUCACACCCGACGCCAUCAAGAGCCUCCUCGGUCUCUUGACCAACGCCGAAGAUCUGCUCACCCCCAAGUUUGUCAACGAAACCCAGACGAUUGUCGAUGGAGCCGCGCCUCUCAUCUCGGAGCUGGACGGGGCCGACAUUGGUGGCCUUCUCAAGCAAGCCAAGCCGCUUCUCAGCUCGCUCAGCAAGAUUGAUCUCGCCGGUCUUGUUGACGCCGUCAGACCAAUUCUCAACGCUUUAAAGAAGAUUGACAUUGAGGGCAUCGUCAACACCGUCACCCCGCUCAUCACGCCCAAUAGCAUCAAGGGUGUCUUUGGGCUGCUUGGACACGCCGAACAGCUUCUUACCGAGACAUUUGUAUCCCAGACCAGCGAGCUCAUUGGCGAUGCUACUCCUCUCGUGGCUACGAUAUCGGAUUUCGUCAAGGCAAUCUUCCAAGCGUUAAUGGGGCAAUAA